AUGCGCUUGUCAACCUCCGCCCUCGUGCUGGGCGCCGCUUCGUCGGCGGUUGGCUUCCAGGACCAGAAGGUCAUGGGUGGCACCCCCGACAAGUCCGUCAUCGACUUGGACCGGAACAGCCUGCCCGACUGGACCAAGCCCCUCGAGGAUAUCUUCGGCGAGAUCACUUCCGAGGCCAAGGCCGCUUGGGACGAGAUCUCCAUGCUCGUCCCCGAGGCCGUCGAGGCCUUCAAGAAGCAGGCUCUGGGCACCAAGCCCAAGCCCGUCUCCCGCCGGCCUGAUAGCCACUGGGACCACAUUGUCAAGGGUGCUGACGUCCAGUCCGUCUGGGUCGAGAAGAAUGGCAAACCUCACCGUGAGGUUGGUGGCAAGCUCGACAACUACAACCUGCGCGCCAAGAAGGUCGAUCCCUCCAGCCUUGGCGUCGACAAGGUCAAGCAGUACAGUGGUUACCUCGAUGACGAGGAUGAGGACAAGCAUCUCUUCUACUGGUUCUUCGAGUCUCGCAACGAUCCCGCCAAUGACCCCGUUGUCCUGUGGCUCAACGGCGGUCCUGGCUGCUCCUCCUUGACCGGCCUGUUCCUUGAGUUGGGACCCUCUUCCAUUGGCAAGAAGCUCGAGAUUAUCAACAACCCUUCAUCAUGGAACAACAAUGCUUCAGUCAUCUUCCUCGAUCAGCCCGUCAACGUCGGCUACUCCUACAGCGGUGGCUCUGUGAGCAACACCGUUGCCGCUGGCAAGGACAUCUAUGCCCUUCUCACUCUCUUCUUCCACCAGUUUCCCGAGUAUGCUAAGCAGGAUUUCCACAUUGCCGGAGAGUCGUACGCUGGCCACUACAUCCCCGUUUUCGCCUCCGAGAUUCUGUCUCACGAGGACCGAAAUAUUAACCUCCAGAGUGUCUUGAUUGGCAACGGUCUCACCGAUGGCUACACCCAGUAUGCCUACUACCGCCCCAUGGCUUGCGGCGAGGGCGGCUACCCCUCUGUCCUUGAUGAGAGUGAGUGCCAGUCCAUGGACAACGCUCUGCCCCGCUGUCAGAGCAUGAUCAAGAGCUGCUACGAGACUGGAAGCUCCUGGUCUUGUGUGCCUGCCAGCAUCUACUGCAACAACGCGAUGAUGGGUCCCUACCAGCGCACUGGCCAGAACGUCUACGACAUCCGAGGCAAGUGCGAGGACAGCAACAACUUGUGCUACUCUGGCCUCGGCUACAUCUCAGACUACCUCAACCAGGACCACGUUAAGGAGGCCCUCGGCGCUGAGGUCAGCAGCUACGACAGCUGCAACAUGGACAUCAACCGCAACUUCCUCUUUGCUGGUGACUGGAUGAAGCCCUACCACCAGGUUGUCCCCGGCAUUCUGGAGAAGAUUCCCGUCCUGAUCUACGCCGGCGAUGCUGACUUCAUCUGCAACUGGCUCGGCAACCAGGCCUGGACCAACGCUCUCGAGUGGCCCGGCCAAGAUGGCUUCGUGAAGGCCGAUAUCAAGUCCCUCAAGGUUGACGGCAGUUCAGAGGAGUACGGCAAGGUCAAGUCCAGCGGUAACUUCACCUUCAUGCAGAUCUACGGCGCCGGCCACAUGGUGCCCAUGGACCAGCCUGAGUCGUCGGUUGACUUCUUCAACCGCUGGCUGGGUGGUGAGUGGUUCUAA